GGAAGAGCCUGAUGUGGGGCUCUAUCCCAUAACGCUGGGAUCACGCCCUGAGCCGAAGGCAGACGCUUAACCGGUGUGCCACCCAGGCGCCCCUAAAAUGAAUAGUUUUUAAAUGGUGUUAUGAUUUAGAUAUCAUAAAUCAUUUCCAAUGUUUUCCUUGAUGUGAAACCAUAAACGACCUCACCUCUUCCCCUGACACCCACCCUCCCAAACACACACACGGUGCAAAUUUAGGGCAAUGGUCCAGGAAGAACUAUACAAAUAUAUCUCCCCUUUAAUUUUAUUCAAAUAUUUUGAUAGAAAAAUUAAAUAAUUUAACUGCUAAGUAAUUUUAGGUAUUUUUCUUAUAUUAAAACAAACACAAAUAUAAUGGUAUCCAAACUGAUUGAAUAUUGUGCUUACAUAGGGGGUUUGAGUCACUUCAGAAUCUAUCUGUAUACCCUUGGCCACCCUAUUCUUCUCAGCCAAGUCUGAAAAGCUUUGAUAAUAACGGAGAAUUAAUGAAGUGUUUCCAUUGGGUAGAAUCAUGAUUCAGUUUUUACAUUAGGAGGAUAAUUUUGGCUUGUACUACAGAAGAUGAGUUGGAGGGGAUAGGGGUGGAUGAAGAAGCACUGGAGGUAGAGAUAACAUUAGAGAAUUAUGUAAUAUUAAUCCAUUAUAUUAUAAUUAUUCAUUAUACUGUAAUAAUCCAGGUGAGAGAGAAAUUGGCCUAAACUCACAGCACAGGACAUAGAGAAGAAUAGGCACCAAGGUUUCUAAUUUUAUUAGCUAUUUACUUUCAUGUUCACCAUGACUCUAUAAAACAUCAUCUAAACAUCUAAUUAUUGGUUGUGGUUUGUAUUAUACCUGUAUAAAUAACUUACAUAUGUGAUAGGAUAAAUACAAAUGUUAAUGAGCAUUACUAUUAUUUAAUUCCUUAUAUUUGCAAAAGUCAAAUGGACUUCAAUAUAUUCAAAAUUAGAUAUUAUUCAGUAGUGUAUCCAUUUGCUGCAUUAUAUAUAAAGAAAUUUACAACUAUUGUCUCUGAAGUGAUCUAAAUAGUUCACAUAACAUAUAAGCUUCAAGGGAAAUCUUCGUAUCCAUUAUACAACUCCAUCUUAUUGCAAUUGGAGUUUUUAACUGGACCUAAAUAAAUUAAUCUACAAUAUGGCUAAAAUGUUAAUAUUAUCAUUGUAAUUCACAAUAUACCGGUAUUAGAUACUUUAGGGACUCAGCACUGCUACAAAUCCAUUUGAUUUUCAGGUCAAUUUCCAAAACUGUGAAGUCGCUAAUAAAUUCACAGUGCUUUCUAGCUUUUGAAGUGUUUUGGCAUUUUACAUUAUCUUCUUUGAUGUUCAACAUCCUUGAAGUCAGCAAGGCUGGUCACCCUAAUUUUUCAGUUCAAAAAAGCUCUGAGAUUUCAUUUAUUGUGUUUAACAAAUGUUAUUUGUAUAACAUCAUGCAUCUGCAAACUGUAAAGGGACUGGAAUUCAGAUUUCCAAAGUUUUUAUUCUGGUGUACCAGGUUGUCAGUCUAAUAUAGCAUAUGGCUUCCUAAGAUUCCUGGAUUUUAGUAGCUCUUUGACAAAUUUCUUAACCUGUAUACUUCAGUUUUCAUAUCUAAAAUAAGGAGAUAAUAAUAAUACCUAGCCAUUGAAUUAUUAUAAGGAUAAAUUUAGCUAAAUUUGUGAGGCAUUUAAAAACAGUGUCAAGCUCACAGUAAGCUCCAAAUAAAUGUUGGGUUAUAUAUUUAUUGUUUUAGCAUAUCCAACUGACUUGUAAGGAGGGUUUUGAUCCUCAUAAUAUACACAUUUGGAAAAUUCCCAGUUGAGUAUAUAUAUUAGGCAAGUUCAGAUGUGUAUAUGGGUAUUAAAGCAUAAACCUUGUUUCUAAUUUAAUAACUAAAGAAAUGUGGGGGCCCAAUAAUCCCAUUAGCCCUACUUAAUUAACCACAUUUCAUCUGACCUCGAUAUGCUCUUCCCAGAGAGAAAAGACUUCAAGGGUGUGGUAAGUAGACCUGUUGAGAUAUUUUAAAAAGCAGAGAUCCGUGGAUUUUAACAGGAAGCUCAGCAUAUUAGACAGUCCAAGUGUGCUCAGGAGUGUAAUAUCUGCCCAGUCUUAGCUGAGAGGACGUUAGGGGGAACGCUACAAGGGACCCAGCUGGGUACUCUGCAGGAAGUUAAAAAAAAUUGUUGAGCUUUGAAAAACAUCUGGUGUUAGCCAUCUGUCUUUGGCAGUACAAAGGCUUAAGGUCUAUGUGGUUCCUUCUGACACCAUGGAAGGCGGAGUUUCAGCGCAGAAGUAACAAGUAGUGGCAAGCUAAUUUAAGUACGUUCUCGGGGUCCGGAGACACUUGCACUUCCUGUUACCACAAUUCAGGCCAAACUGCUGUCAAUCCCUAGUGUUUGAGCGCUUCCCCAGCCUCGAUUCCUGUUGUGGCCACCCUCGGGUGGGCCGUGCUCCACCUAGGUGCUUUGGAAUGUGGGACAGUUUCGCUCUUCUCGCGAAAGAACACGGUCUUUUGCUUGAGUUGCUCGUUAAAAGGUUGGCACAGUCGGGAUCUCCCAUUGUUGUUAAGAGGCGCAGGAGCCCCGGCCAGUAAGACGCUGUCACUGCUGCCCAGCAGCGAGCCCCAACAUCCCAGCCAGGCCCCGCUGGGCAUUCCGAAGCCCCACCCAUGGCAACGCCACUCUGACGCCCGCGCGCCGGAGGCCGCCAUAGGCCCGCGUCGCGGCCCAGGGCGACGUGUGGCGCGUGGACUCUAUCAGGUCCAGCCCUGCGGGAACCCGGCAGACACUUCCGGGCAAGGUUCUGUGCACCUGUUCCUUCCUUCUCCUUAAGUGUCUUCCCCUCUGGGAAAAAGUGGACAUGGCCCUCCCCAGAGAACAAGAUGCACGACAGCAAACCUAACUUAAGAACAGCACGGAAGACUAACCCCCAAAGCAAGAAGGUGCCCGGCAUUUCUUUAAGCUGUUUGGAAGUUCACGUGACCCACCAAGUGCCGGGGCCCGGUGGUCACGUGACAGCGCGCGCGCCCUCGCGCCGCGAGAGCCGGCAGGCGCUGUGCGCGCGCCUUCGCCGCUGCCUCGCAUCCCCUCGACGGGAGGGUGAGGAGCCGCGGAGUGAUCAGGCGUCUGGGGGCCGGUGCGCGUGCGCAGCGAACAGCUGUCACCCAGUGCGGAACAAGUCUUCCAAAUUUCCCAAAUUUCCCUGGGCCGAAGGCCACCCUCUUCCUCCUCAUCUUCCUCCUCUGGGUCGUAUCCCGGUCCCUACCCGCGCGCCAGAGACUGCCCCAGCCAUCAUGGAGGUGGCCGAGGUGGAGAGUCCUUUGAACCCCAGCUGUAAGAUCAUGACCUUCAGACCCUCCAUGGAGGAGUUCCGGGAGUUCAACAAAUACCUCGCAUACAUGGAGUCUAAAGGAGCCCAUCGAGCAGGUCUUGCAAAGGUGAUUCCUCCUCAGGAAUGGAAGCCAAGGCAGUGCUAUGAUGACAUUGAUAAUUUGCUUAUUCCAGCACCGAUUCAGCAGAUGGUCACAGGGCAGUCGGGACUGUUCACUCAAUACAACAUCCAGAAAAAAGCCAUGACAGUGAAGGAGUUCAGGCAGCUGGCUAACAGUGGCAAAUACUGUACUCCAAGAUACUUGGAUUAUGAAGACUUGGAGCGCAAGUACUGGAAGAACUUAACUUUUGUGGCACCCAUCUAUGGCGCAGACAUCAAUGGGAGUAUAUAUGAUGAGGGUGUGGACGAAUGGAACAUAGCUCGCCUAAAUACAGUCUUGGAUGUGGUUGAAGAAGAGUGCGGUAUUUCUAUAGAAGGUGUAAAUACCCCUUAUCUCUAUUUUGGCAUGUGGAAAACCACAUUCGCGUGGCACACCGAGGAUAUGGACCUCUACAGCAUUAAUUAUCUCCACUUUGGAGAGCCCAAGUCUUGGUAUGCAAUACCCCCGGAACAUGGAAAACGACUUGAAAGACUAGCUCAAGGUUUUUUCCCAAGCAGUUCUCAAGGAUGUGAUGCAUUUCUUCGCCACAAGAUGACACUGAUAUCUCCCUCAGUAUUAAAGAAGUAUGGUAUUCCCUUUGACAAGAUCACUCAGGAGGCUGGAGAAUUUAUGAUCACUUUUCCAUAUGGCUACCAUGCUGGUUUUAAUCAUGGCUUCAACUGUGCAGAAUCUACAAAUUUUGCUACAGUCAGAUGGAUUGACUAUGGGAAAGUCGCUAAAUUGAUUCAUGGACAGUGUGUUUCAUUAACCAGCAGAGGGCAGUGUCUCUUCACAAAUUUUUUUUCCUGCGAAGUCUUCGCAAGAGUGUGUUUUCCUAAUAGCAUUUGACCUCAUUUGACAUAUGGAGACAUUGGAGAUAUUCAUUGAUUAUAAAUUUGUAAUUGAUAUGUUUCAUAUGGAAUAGAAGGUGAUAAAAAUGAAUGUAACUUAGUGUAGUAAGGGAUAUUUGUACUAUUAUUUAUAACCCUUCUAGAUUAGUUGUUUCUUAAAUGUUCAUUUUAUGUAUAGGAAGUGUGUGCAUUAGCCUAAAAUAUCAUCAAAUUGAAAUGCUCUUCUUUGUGAAAUAAAUAUACAGUGCGCCCAUGUCUGUUGCAAGUUGUUCAUGGAUUUGGUCCCUACAUGUUGUGUAGUGCAGCUGCUGCGCAAAGGAGCAGUGUGUGCUCACAAACACAGUACAAAAAUAAAAUAAAAUUUACUGGGGGAGACUUACAAGCUGAUAGUAGCAGUGUGUGCAAGACCUUCCAGGUCUCAUUUCUUCCACGCUGAGGUGGACUUGAAUGGAGUGUAGCUAGGAAAGGGCUUCAGUGGAAGGACCCAACUUAGACCCCAUCACGUCAUGCUCCUCUUAUUUGCAAGGAAAAGGGGGCAGAACACAUCCAUGAACCUCCUGGGUGAGGAAGUAGUCUUUUUAGAAAGGGGAGCUUCUACCAAACAUUUAGGGACAGAGUAUUCUCUUGAGAUAACUCAGACCUGCUGAGCUUGCUCUUUGCUGAGCUUUUGGAAGGUGAAGGUAAAGAGCUUAGUUGGGGACAUUAAGUGGCAUUAACUUGUGAAGAGAAGACAUUUAAUUUAGACUGAGCUUGAGUUGGGUCGGUCAUUUAUAGGUAGUAUCAUUUUUGGCAAGAUUUCUGUGAGUUGUUAUAAUAAUACAUUGUAUGUUAGUUGUAAGGACUAAAUGAGGUAAUUAUUAUAAGUUACUGAAAUAGUGACUCCUCCAUGUCGAGUAAUAAGUGUUUCUUCUCUCAUGAAGUGUUGACACUUGUUAAACUUAUAAAAUCAGUUUGGGGUCCACAUCAUGUGAAAUUGUGCUAUGGCAGUACGUCAGUGCAUUCCUGCAUUUUGUUUCCCACCUGUACCUCAGGAACUAGUUGUAAGCGUGGACUCUUUGUUCCAUGAUGACACUUCUGGGGGCAGAUCUGAUAUCCUAUCCUUCUUGGGCAGCUCCCACUGACAUACGUGCCAGCCAUGCUAUUAACUGUCCUUCAGAAUAAAACUAUGGAGGUACCCAGUGGGGGAAUGCAUUCUUAUCAUCUGGGUUCAGAGAGACUUUAAAUAGGUCAAAAUAUUAAUUCUAUGGUUUUCAUUUGGGCUGUGUCCAGAGAAUACUAGCGGACUGUAGUUCUGGAAUAAAUUUUUAUUGAGUCAGUCGUACAAGAGAGACAGAAACUGUACUACUUGGAGAAAAGUUCAAAUGCUGAGACAGCUUUUCUAAAAUAUCCCUAGUUUUGUUCUUGUUUUUUUUUUUAAUUGACCUCCUUCUUUGUAAAAUAAAGCAAGAACAUGAGGCAUUUUGAAAAUGCAAAAAGCUACUUGAAUAUGUUUGAAAGUAAAAAAUAUAAUUCUUUAAUUUGCUGGGUAAGUACUCUUUGCCUGACCCCAGCUUUGCAUUUGUGGAAGGGGAUGUCCUUAAUUCGUGGCUGUGGCUAAGGGAGCAGAUAGGCAUAUGUAGAUGCAGGAAGAGGGGACAGAGAGCUGCGAAGAAUAGCACUUGCUCUCUCUGAUGUAGGCCAGAAAGCCUUGAGAGUUCCAACACAUUUCUUUCCUCCCACGGCUCUAAUAUUAAUCCCGCCAUGUCAUAACUAUCUGAUCUAGCACAUCCACUGACAUUAAUGCAUAUUGGGGAUAGAAAUUUUAUUUUACAAACUCAAGCUAUUCAGUAAUGACCAUGAAAAAUCACCAAAGAUGUAGAUGGGUAUUUGCCUCUGUCAGUGCUUCAAAGAUUUCUUCUAUUAAAUGCUGUACCCAAAAAUUAUAGAAUUGUCUUCAAUUUUGAACAUAAUAAAAAAAACCUUAAAUGUAUGCAAUUUUAAUUGAAAAAUAUAAACAUGUAAAUAAAAAUUAGGUAAAAGGCCUUGGAAAAUUAUAUAAUUAUGGUAUAAAUUGGAGUAGAAAAGAAAGGCUUUGAAAUAAAAAUCAUUUCAGAAAAAAAUAAAAAAAUUUAAAACUCAGGGUUGCCUGCCUGGCUCAGUCAGUAGCUCAUGAUCUUGGGGUUAUAAGUUUGAGCCCCAUGUCAGAUGUAGAGAUUACUUAAAAAUAAAAUCUUAAAAAAAUUAAAACUCAAAAGUUUUCAUUUGUAUUUUUAAUAUAGCAGUAAAUCAUUUAAUGAAACAGGUAGCUAAAUAUGUGCUUACAUUUUAAAAGCUUCAUUAUUUUAGGGUAUGUUUGACAGAGGAAAAGAGGGUGAAGAUGGGUGGCAGGUAAGGGGAAAUAAAUUGAGAUUUCUGUCAAAUCAUAGCAAAGUUUUAUAUGGCUGAAAUAUUUCAUGUUAAACAUAUUGAAAGAAAAUGUAGGAGAAUAUUUAUCUGUUCCUUGGGUUGAGGAGGACUUUCCAAGUGGGAUCCAUUGCUGUAUAUCAUGAAGGAAAAGACUGAGAUUUGAACUGCAUUUUGAAAAAUUGCAAACUAAAUAAACAACUAAUGUAUACCACUUGUAUUAUAUGAGAGAUAGUGGGUUAAUACUAAGCUGUAGUUGUACUACUUAAACUGAUUAAACUGUAGUUGUAAUUCCUAAAUGUUAAUAAAAAAUGAAUUGAAAACACAUUUAGUCAAAUGUUGAUAUAAUUUGGGGCCAUAAUGUAAAAUUUACACAAAUGUUUAAAAUAAAACUUCCCCCUCCUCUCCCAUCUAUCUACCUCCCUCUCUGCGCCUCACUGCUCCCCUGACAUGGCACAUGCUCGCUCUCUUUAAAAUGAAUGAAUGAAUGAAUGAGUGAAAUCUUUAAAAAAAGAAAAGAACUGCUCAAUUUUUUAAAAAAGAUUCAUUUAUUUGAGAGAGAGCGAGAGAGAGCAAGCGAACGUGGAGGAGGGGCAGAAGAAGAGGGAGAGAGGAACUCAAGCCAACUCCACUCUGAGCACAAGCUGGAGGUGGGCCUUGAUCCCACAACCCUGAGAUCAGGACCUAAUCCAAACCAGAAGUCAGAUUCUCAACCCACUGUGCCAUCCUGGUGCCCCAAGGACCUCUCAAUCUUAAUUUAUUAAUAAUUAUCAUAGCUAAAAUUCAGUAAGUCUUUGCUUUGUGUCAUAUAUAAACCUUUACUUACACGAAUUCAUCUAAUUUUGACAACUGCUGUGUAAGAGAGGUAGUAUUAUACCCCCAUCUUAUAGAAGAGAAAUAUGAGGUACUGUUGAGUGUCAGUCCACAUUUAAAGUAGAAAAAUUUGGGACACCUGGGUGGCCCAGUCAGUUGGGCUUCCCACUUGGGUCGUGAUCAGGAGUUGUAGGAUCAAACCCCAUGUAGGCCCCGCGGGGGGACGAGGGAGAGGUGGAGCCUGCUUGGGAUUCUCUCUCUCCCUCCCUCUCUGCCCCUUCUCCACUCUUUAGGGCACCUGCAUGCAUGCGCUCGCUCUGUCCUGUGGAAAAGAGAAGGUUGCACCAGGAUGUACUUACUUGAAUAGUCCUUAUAGUGUUGAUUAUGAAACUGAAAAAAAUGGUAGUAAGUAAAUGUCCAAAACUGAGGCAUGAUUAAAUAAUUUAUGGUACGUCCAUCCAUGAUAUGCUUAUCAGUGUGAAAAAUGAUGUGGGUGUGUGAUUAUUGAUAGGCAUUUGUAAUAUACUGUCAAGGAUUAAAAGCAGAUUACAAAAUAGCAGAGUUUCCUUUUUAUAUUUGAAAAUGCACAUGUAUUGGCACCUGGCUGGCUCAGUUGGUUAAGUGUCUGGCUCUUGAUCUCAGCACAGGUCUUGAUCUUAGGGUCGUGAGUUCAAGCCCCCAUGUUGGUCUCUGUGCU